AUGACAACAUACCAGGACAGAGUUGGUCUGAUUGUCUCAGGCCUACAGGACAGAGUUGGUCUGAUUGUCUCAGGCCUACAGGACAGAGUUGGUCUGAUUGUCUCAGGCCUACAGGACAGAGUUGGUCUGAUUGUCUCAGGCCUACAGGACAGAGUUGGUAUGAUUGUCUCAGGCCUACAGGACAGAGUUGGUCUGAUUGUCUCAGGCCUACAGGACAGAGUUGGUAUGAUUGUCUCAGGCCUACAGGACAGAGUUGGUAUGAUUGUCUCAGGUCUACAGGACAGAGUUGGUCUGAUUGUCUCAGGUCUACAGGACAGAGUUGGUCUGAUUGUCUCAGGCCUACAGGACAGAGUUGGUCUGAUUGUCUCAGGCCUACAGGACAGAGUUGGUCUGAUUGUCUCAGGCCUACAGGACAGAGUUGGUCUGAUUGUCUCAGGCCUACAGGACAGAGUUGGUCUGAUUGUCUCAGGUCUACAGGACAGAGUUGGUCUGAUUGUCUCAGGCCUACAGGACAGAGUUGGUCUGAUUGUCUCAGGUCUACAGGACAGAGUUGGUCUGAUUGUCUCAGGCCUACAGGACAGAGUUGGUCUGAUUGUCUCAGGCCUACAGGACAGAGUUGGUCUGAUUGUCUCAGGCCUACAGGACAGAGUUGGUCUGUAUCAGAGAUGAGUCCCAUAGAAAUGUAUUAUCCCCCCGUUCUCUCCCUGAUCAGUUCAUAUUCAUGUAUUCCUUGGACCCCCCUGUAAAUCGACAGUAAGCCUACAUGUUUUAAUUUGAAGAAAAAAACUCCAAAGUAAUCUGAAUUAUUAUGUGACGCUCUUCAAAUCCUCUUACAUAUUGAUGAAUCAUUUGGAGAGAAAAAACGUUAAAUCAUCUUAUAUAUUGAUUAAUAAUUUGGAGAGAAAAAACGCAAGUAUUCGACACAUUAACACAAACUCAGACGCUUAUCUAACCGUCCUUUCAGUUUCUACUUUCUGAGUGUGUCUGGUAAUUUCCCCUCCGUCCCUAACCCUUGUCCUUAUAUGGGGGCGACCGCCAGCGUCCGUCUAUAAAGCUCCCGCUGAGGGACAGGGUGUCACUUUCCAGAAGGACAGUCGGACAGCCAGCCAGCCAGCCAGCCAGCCAGCCAGCCAGCCAGCCACCUAAACCCCCAUCAGGUACGGUGUUCUCUGGGUUACUCGAUUCGCUCUGCAUAAACGUUCAUAGAAACUUCAGAAACAUUUACAGGCCUAGGAAAGACCAACUUGUGUAGUUGUCAAUUAAAUGUUUCUCUUGCUUUGGCACUGUGAACACUAGCCUUAUAUCUUAGUUCGCUUUGUUCUAUGACUGAUAACUUUAUAAAAAGGCCUACAACGAAUACUUUCAUUUUAGUGUUUGGGAUUGAAGCCAUGGGAUACUUUCUUAGUCUCUGCAACUUUUAGUAACCUGUAGUGUAGUGGAUCUAGUUCUCAUGUGUCUGCGAUUGAAGGAGUUUUUUUUAUAUUUUCAGUUUGUAGCCGAACGACAACAUGAUGACCUUCGGCUGGGGACACUAAUAGUUAAUCUGUUGUAGACUACAAAGAUGAAGACCUAGAAUAAACUCAAAUAAUGAAUUUAACUGCUACUCUCUGCAGAUAGAUAACGAUAUGGAUCUGAGCUAUAUUACAGCCUGUAUAUAAAGCCUGAAUAUUGAUUUAGGCUUAUAUACAUUUAUGACCAGCAUGCAAUUAAAUAUUGUAGCGGGUUGAUUUUCAUUCACUUCCACAUUUGCAGUGCAUUUGAUCAUAGUCUAGACUUACACUAUAUCUAACUAAGAGAGAUAGAUAGCAGGAUGUAACCUAUUGCAUCGGAGGAGGACACUGUUACAUAAUCUCCUGGUAAAGUACCGGCCAAAGUCCCCAUAAAAAUUAUAUUUAUAUUCAUAAUAAUAACGUUCCUUUUUCUUGAUCUCCUUAUUAUUAUUAUUAUUAUUAUUAUUAUUAUUAUUAUGAUCAUUAUAAUAAUAAGUAAUGUCAUUAUCAUUAGUAGGCUGUAUAACCACCAUCGAGCUGUAGGCCUAAGAGCGCAUUCCGUUUAGUCUUAAUACCGUAACUUCCUUAGGCCUAUAUUUCAAUACUUCUAUAGGCUACUGUAUCAGUCAAUCAUUUAUUCAUUCAUGUCAUCACACAGCAUAAGAGUCAAAUGCAAUCAAGCGUUUUAGUUUUAAAAUAAAAUAACAACCAUUUGACUAUUUGAAUAAUUACAAACAAUAAAUAGGCCUAAACCGUUCUAUUUUGGAAAUUGCAUCACAAAUGAAUGCGACUGUUUUUAGUCUUUGCUGUAAUAAAGGCUUUACAGAAAAACGCUUAUAAUGUAUUUAGUGUUGUUUACAUUGUUCCAAACGGUCAGAGAAAUGACAUUGUAAUCUAACAGCACCUGUUUGGCACACAUAAUAUCCACGCAGCGCUUGCUCCUUAACUUAUUUUUCUUGAUCUUCAGUAUUUUCCACAACUAGUCAAAUGUAUGACCUGGUCCGACUCCCCCUUUACCUCCUGAGCAACCAGUAAACAUUCCCCCGUUUAGACUUUAUUAGUCACUUCCUCCUGAGCAACCAGUAAACAUUCCCCCGUUUAGACUUUAUUAGUCACUUCCUCCUGAGCAACCAGUAAACAUUCCCCCGUUUAGACUUUAUUAGUCACUUCCUCUGCAUCCAUUUUGCUGUGACGUGUGUUACGGUGUUCAGAGUUCGUUAUAACCAAUGUAUUGAUGUGAUUAUGAUAUGCUACAGGUCAGGCCCUAUUGGUCACGUGCAGGCGAUGCAUACAUGUGUCACGUAAAGAGAGCAAGGGUUGAGGGAAUAGGGAUUUUUCCCCUAAACAAAUGAGGGAUUUCGGUAGCAGUACUUUUCAGUCAGAAAUGGCUGUAAUUAUGUUGUAGAUUCAGCAACACGGACAGCGCGAUACACACUGAUGUUCUGUGGUGGUCACUGCAGCAGGGAGGAGAGAGAGACAACGGGUGCUAGUCGCUGCAGCAGGGAGGAGAGAGAGACAACGGGCUGAUGUUCUGUGGUGGUCACUGCAGCAGGGAGGAGAGAGAGACAACGGGCUGAUGUUCUGUGGUGGUCGCUGCAGCUGGGAGGAGAGAGACAACGGGUGCUAGUCACAGUCACUCACAGUCUUUUUUUUUAACACAGCGCAGCAAGUCUGAGCCAGGCCCGGCACAAUCAAAUCAAUUGCGGUCGGACUCCCUUUAGUCAUUUGCGUGUCUUAAUUAUUUCAUCAAACAGUUCGCUUAAAGCAUCAGAUAAGCUCAGUACAUAUAGUUGAUUUGAUUAAAACACAUAGGAUGUGUCUAUAUAUAGAAAAAGAAACUUUUUACAAUUUCGACCAAUUGAUUGGUCGAAAGAACAGACAUCUCUUUUUUUUCGGACCCAGCCCUAGUUUCUCCUAUGGGGACAAAGAAGCCCAGCCCUAGUUUCUCCUAUGGGGACAAAGAAGCCCAGCCCUAGUUUCUCCUAUGGGGACAAAGAAGCACAGCCCUAGUUUCUCCUAUGGGGACAAAGAAGCACAGCCCUAGUUUCUCCUAUGGGGACAAAGAAGCACAGCCCUAGUUUCUCCUAUGGGGACAAAGAAGCACAGCCCUAGUUUCUCCUAUGGGGACAAAGAAGCACAGCCCUAGUUUCUCCUAUGGGGACAAAGAAGCACAGCCCUAGUUUCUCCUAUGGGGACAAAUAAGCACAGCCCUAGUUUCUCCUAUGGGGACAAAGAAGCACAGCCCUAGUUUCUCCUAUGGGGACAAAGAAGCCCUUUUGGGUCCAGGUUGCACUUGGUUUUAGAGUGUAGUGCAGCGUAUCUACUAGCAAUCUAAAGCAACAGGGUAAAUGGUGCAACAGGUUUAUAUGUAGAAUGAAUGAAUAAAGAUCAGGUACAGAUAGAGGAGAUUUAAGAUGUUGUCUCCCAGUCAAAGGGGAGUCUCAGGGAGAGAAGCAGGGCCUCAGGGAGAGAGGCAGGGUCUCAGGGAGAGAGGCAGGGUCUCAGGGAGAGAGGCAGGGUCUCAGGGAGAGAGGCAGGGCCUCAGGGAGAGAGGCAGCGUCUCAGGGAGAGAGGCAGGGCCUCAGGGAGAGAGGCAGGGUCUCAGGGAGAGAGGCAGGGUCUCAGGGAGAGAGGCAGGGCCUCAGGGAGAGAGGCAGGGCCUCAGGGAGAGGCAGGGCCUCAGGGAGAGAGGCAGGGCCUCAGGGAGAGAGGCAGGGUCUCAGUGAGAGAGGCAGGGCCUCGGGGAGAGAGGCAGGGCCUCGGGGAGAGAGGCAGGGUCUCAGGGAGAGAGGCAGGGUCUCAGGGAGAGAGGCAGACAGACAUAAAAGACAACUCAAGAACCAGCUAGAAAUGUCAUGUCAAAUGUCAUGAAUGUUGAGUGUGUGUAUUAAUAAACCCACUGUGUUCCGUACUGUAAUAUAGUAAUGCCAUGGCCAACCCUGACCUCUAGUGAAAGGUCACAUUGAAACCUCUAGUGAAUCUACAGAAAGGUCAAACUAAAAGGUUAGAGGUCAACGAGGCUCUAGAUCUCUUCACACACACUGCUAACAACACACUUAGCUCAGCACGUAUACACACACACACACAGGUAUAUACACACACAUACACACACACACACACACGUAUACACUCACCACAGUCUUGUACAGCUAACCUUGUGGGGACAUAUAAUUCAGUCCCAUUAAAAAUCAUAUUUUCCCUAACCCUAACCCUAACCCUAACCUUAACCCUAACCUUAACCCUAACCUUAACCCAAAAAUCUAACCUUAACCCUAAACCCCAUAGAAAUAGAAUUUGACCUUGUGGGGACCAACGAAAUGUCCCCAGUUGGUCAAAUCUUUCUUCGUUUACUAUUCUUGUGGGGACUCCUGGUAAAACACAUCCAUAUUAUAGACACAUACACACACACACACAUACACACACACGUGUAUACACACACACACACACACACACACACACACGUGUAUACACACACACACACACACACACACACACACACACACACACACACACGUGUAUACACACACACACACACAUAUAUAUACACGUAUACACACACACACAUACAUACAUCUACCCACACACACACUACACCCACUGUACAGCCUGAAUACACCCUAUACAGCCUGAAUACCCACUAUACAGCCUGAAUACCCACUAUACAGCCUGAAUACCCACUAUACAGCCUGAAUACCCACUAUAAAGCCUGAAUACCCACUAUACAGCCUGAAUACCCACUAUACAGCCAGAAUACCCACUAUAAAGCCUGAAUACCCACUAUACAGCCUGAAUACCCACUAUACAGCCUGAAUACCCACUAUACAGCCUGAAUACCCACUAUACAGCCUGAAUACCCACUAUACAGCCUGAAUACCCACUAUACAGCCUGGAUACCCACUAUACAGCCUGAAUAACCACUAUACAGCCUGAAUACACACUAUACAGCCUGAAUACCCCUAUACAGCCUGAAUACCCACUAUACAGCCUGAAUACCCACUAUACAGCCUGAAUACCCACUAUACAGCCUGAAUACCCACUAUACAGCCUGAAUAACCACUAUACAGCCUGAAUACCCACUAUACAGCCUGAAUACCCACUAUACAGCCAGAAUACCCACUAUACAGCCAGAAUACCCACUAUACAGCCUGAAUACCCACUGUACAGCCUGAAUACCCACUAUACAGCCUGAAUACCCACUAUACAGCCUGAAUACCCACUGUACAGCCUGAAUACCCACUAUACAGCCAGAAUACCCACUAUACAGCCUGAAUACCCACUAUACAGCCUGAAUACCCACUGUACAGCCUGAAUACCCACUAUACAGCCUGAAUACCCACUAUACAGCCUGAAUACCCACUAUACAGCCUGAAUACCCACUAUACAGCCUGAAUACCCACUAUACAGCCUGAAUACCCACUAUACAGCCUGAAUACCCACUAUACAGCCUGAAUACCCACUAUACAGCCUGAAUACCCACUAUACAGCCUGAAUAACCAUAUACAGCCUGAAUAACCACUAUACAGCCUGAAUACCCACUAUACAGCUCGAAUACCCACUAUACAGCCUGAAUACCCACUAUAAGCCUGAAUACCCACUAUACAGCCUGAAUACCCACUAUACAGCCUGAAUACCCCUAUACAGCCUGAAUACCCACUAUACAAGCCUGAAUACCCACUAUACAGCCUGAAUACCACUAUACAUCCUGAAUAACCCUAUAACAGCCUGAAUACCCACUAUACAGCCUGAAUACCCACUAUACAGCCUGAAUACCCACUAUACAGCCUGAAUACCCACUAUACAGCCUGAAUACCCACUAUACAGCCUGAAUACCCACUAUACAGCCUGAAUACCCCUAUACAGCCUGAAUACCACUAUACAGCCUGAAUACCCACUAUACAGCCUGAAUACCCACUAUACAGCCUGAAUACCCACUAUACAGCCUGAAUACCCACUAUACAGCCUGAAUACCCACUAUACAGCCUGAAUACCCACUAUACAGCCUGAAUACCCACUAUACAGCCUGAAUACCCACUACACCCUAUAAAGCCUGAAUACCCACUACACCCACUCACAGUAUACAGUACCUCUACACUGACACACUGCACGUAACCAUAUGACCUCACUGCUCUCUCAUAGGCUAGCUGUGUGUGAUGCUUGUAGGAGGAAGCACAGUGUGGAGAGUGGGACAGAUUACAGUGUGAUGCAGACGUGAAGCUACCUACAGAGAGUAGCUAACUCAGGUCAGACGCAGUGGUGUACGUACCGUGGAGAGUGGAGACUCUGACCUAAGCUACCUACACAGAGUAGCUAACUCAGGUCAGACGCAGUGGUGUACGUACCGACUACAGGACAGAUUGCUAGGAGAGUGGAGACUCUGACCUGAAUUCUGAUUGGCUGAGAGCAACAGAUGAACUCUGAAGGUCAAUAUAAUAGUUAAUGAUUAAUUUUUUCUCCUCCUAUCUUUCUCUCUUUCUCUCUCCUUCCCCUCAUCUCUUUCUCUCUCCUUCCCCCCAUCUCUCACUCUCAUCCCGCCCACACUCCUCUCGCUCUGCCGCCCCCCCAGUCUCGUCUCCCCCCCACCGCCCCAUCUCUCCCUCUCUGCUGCUCCUCCCCCCCAACUCUCCAUCGCCUCCUCCCCCCAUCUCUCCUCUUCUUCUCCCCAGAUCUCUCUCCUCCCCCAUCUCUUCUCUCUCCUUCCCCCCAUCUCUUCCUCUCUCCUUCCCCCCCAUCUCUUCUCUCCUUCCAUUCCCCUCCCUCUCUCCCUCUCUCUCCUCUCCAGUCAGGAUGUCUAUCACUAAGAUCCAUGCCAGAGAGAUCCUCGACUCCAGAGGAAACCCCACCGUGGAGGUGGACCUCUACACCGCCAAAGGUACACACCUUCAUGCUCACAGUCCACGUGUUUGCACACAAACAUACCACCAUUUUGUGUUUACCGACCCAGCAGUCUAACCUCUCUCUGUGUGUGUAUGGUCAGGCCGUUUCAGGGCAGCCGUGCCCAGCGGUGCCUCUACCGGUGUCCAUGAGGCUCUGGAGCUGAGAGAUGGAGACAAGUCACGCUACCUGGGAAAAGGUGAGUUAUGUCUCUCUGGGAUCUGUUGACCUGGUCUGAUCUACCUCUGGGAUCUGUUGAUCUGAUCUAUCUCUCAGGGGUCUGUUGAUCUGGUCUGAUCUACCUCUCUGGGAUCUGUUGAUCUGGACUAGAGAUACUCAACUCUAGACCAUAAGUCCAGUUCCACUUCUGAUUUAAUUUCAUAACUACUGCUAGUAUGGUACUGGACUCAGGUAGAGGUUACUGGGAGGACUAGAGGUAUGAUAGAGGUAACUGGACUAGAGGGUAGAGGUACUGGACUAGAGGGUAGAGGUACUGGACUAGAGGUGAGGGUACUGGACUAGAGGGUAAGAGGUACUGGACUAGAGGGUAAGAGGGUACUGGACUAGAGGGUAGAGGACUGGACUAGAGGUACUGGACUAGAGGGUAGAGGUACUGGACUAGAGGGUAGAGGUACUGGACUAGAGGGGUACUGGACUAGAGGGUUAGAGGUACUGGACUAGAGGUAGAGGUACUGGACUAGAGGGUAAGGUACUGGACUAGAGGGUAGAGGUACUGGACUAGAGGGUAGAGGUACUGGACUAGAGGAGGACUAGAGGGUAGAGACUGGACUAGAGGGUAGAGGUACUGGACUAGAGGGUAGAGGUACUGGACUAGGGAGAGUACUGGACUAGAGGGUAGAGGUACUGGACUAGAGGGUAGAGUACUGGACUAGAGGGUGGGUAGGUACUGGACUAGAGGGUAGAGGUAACUGGACUAGAGGUACUGGACUAGAGGUACUAGGACUAGAGGGUAGAGGUACUGGACUAGAGGGUAGAGGUACUGGACUAGAGGUAGAGUCUGGACGUAGAGGUACUGGACUAGAGGGUAGAGGUACUGGACUAGAGGGUACGGACUAGAGGGUAGAGGUACUGGACUAGAGGACGGACUAGAGGUACUGGACUAGAGGGUAGAGGUACUGGACUAGAGGGUGAGGUACUGGACUAGAGGGUAGAGGUACUGGACUAGAGGGUAGAGGUACUGGACAAGGUAGAGGUACUGGACUAGAGGGUAGAGGUACUGGACUAGAGGGUAGAGGUAGGUCUAGGGACAUAGAGGGUAGAGGACUGGACUAGAGGGUAGAGGUACUGGACUAGAGGUACUGGACUAGAGGGUAGAGGUACUGGACUAGAGGGUAGAGGUACUGGACUAGAGGGUAAGGACUGGAUAGGGUAACUGGACUAGAGGGUAGAGAGGGUACUGGACUAGAGGGUAGAGGUACUGGACUAGAGGGUAGAGGUACUGGACUAGAGGAAUAGGGGAUAGAGGUACUGGACUAGAGGGGUAGAGGUACUGGACUAGACUGGAGUAAAGGUACUGGACUAGAGGUACUGGACUAGAGGGUAGAAGGUACUGGACUAGAGGGUAAAGGUACUGGACUAAGGGGUAGAGGUACUGGACUAGAGGGUAGAGGGUACUGGACUAGAGGUCGAUAGAGGUACUGGACUAAGAGGGUAGAGGUACUGGACUAGAGGGUAGAGGUACUGGACUAGAGGGUAGAGGUACUGGACUAGAGGGUAGAGGUACUGGACUAGAGGGUAGAGGUACUGGACUAGAGGGUAGAGGUACUGGACUAGAGGGUAGAGGUACUGGACUAGAGGGUAGAGGUACUGGACUAGAGGGUAGAGGUACUGGACUAGAGGGUAGAGGUACUGGACUAGAGGGUAGAGGUACUGGACUAGAGGGUAGAGGUACUGGACUAGAGGGUCAGGUUUAAAUAUCCCUGGAGUAGACUGAUCGGUGGUAGAUGUGAUCUGAUAGUGUGUUGUGUUCUAUCUCUUUAAUAUCUAAUCAUCUUGAAUAUUUCUGAAGGUACCGUUAAGGCUGUGGAUCAUGUGAACAAGGACAUCGCUGCCAAACUGAUUGAGAAGAAGUUCAGUGUUGUUGACCAGGAGAAGAUUGACCAUUUCAUGCUGGAGUUGGACGGAACUGAGAACAAGUGUAUGUCCCUCCUCCUGUGUCUUUAUUGACAUUGAAAGUUUGAGCACUUAAGCCCAAUUUAAACCUUCUGCUUCACCUCCCCUCCCUCCUGCCUCCCCUCCCUCCUGCCUCCCCCCCCUCCUGCCUCCCUUCCCUCCUGCCUCCCUUCCCUCCUGCCCUCCCUUCCCUCCUGCCUCCCCCAACCCUCCUGCCUCCCCUCCCUCCUGCCUCCCCUCCCUCCUGCCUCCCAACCCUCCUGCCUCCCCACCCUCCUGCCUCCCCUCCCUCCUGCCUCCCUUCCCUCCUGCCUCCCCGCCCUCCUGCCUCCCCUCCCUCCUGCCUCCCUUCCCUCCUGCCUCCCCUCCCUCCUGCCUCCCCUCCCUCCUGCCUCCCCACCCUCCUGCCUCCCUUCCCUCCUGCCUCCCCUCCCUCCUGCCUCCCCACCCUCCUGCCUCCCUCUCCUCCCUGCCUCCUCCCCCUCCUGUAGCUAAGUUUGGAGCCAACGCCAUCCUGGGUGUGUCUCUGGCGGUCUGCAAGGCAGGAGCAGCAGAGAAGGGAGUGCCCCUGUACCGUCACAUCGCUGACCUGGCCGGACACAAGGACGUCAUCCUGCCCUGCCCCGUGAGUACAGCUUUAACCUUUAACCCCUGCCCCAUCAUAUACCUACCUAUAUAUAAUAUAACCAGGACGUCAUCCUGCCCUGCCCCGUGAGUACAGCUUUAACCUUUAACCCCCGUCCCAUCAUAUACCUACCUAUAUAUAAUAUAACCAGGAUAUCAUCCAACCCUGCCCCGUGAGUACAGCUUUAACCCCUGUCCCAUCAUAUACCUACCUGUAUAUAAUAUAACCAGGACAUCAUCCUACCCUGCCUUGUGAGGUCCCGUGAAUACAUAUACCUUCAUAUUUAUAACAAACUACCUUUAUAGUUGAUGUACAGUAUAUGGAAAAAUGACUUUGAAAUUACAAUUGAAGAAACUUUUUUAAUGUUAUGGAAAAAGCAGGUAGCAUAUCAAACUAGAAAAUACAUUUCCUAAAGAAUAUGUGUACGCUCGCCUGCCCUCUCUUCAGGCCUUCAACGUGAUCAACGGUGGUAGCCGUGCUGGUAACAAGCCCUAACCUCAUCUUCUCUACCCCUCUCCUCCCUCUCUCCAGGCCGUGCUGGUAACAAGCCCUAACCUCAUCUUCUCUACCCCUCUCCUCCCUCUCUUCAGGCCUUCAACGUGAUCAACGGUGGUAGCCAUGCUGGUAACAAGCUGGCCAUGCAGGAGUUCAUGAUCCUGCCCAUCGGAGCGUCUAACUUCCACGAGGCCAUGAGGAUCGGAGCUGAGGUUUACCACAACCUGAAGAACGUGAUCAAGGCCAAGUACGGAAAGGAUGCCACCAACGUAGGAGAUGAGGGUGGCUUCGCACCAAACAUCCUGGAGAACAACGAGGGUAAGAGCUGCAUCACAGGAACUAUCUUAUAGGGCCCCCUGGUGGAGCUGCACCACAGGGACUAUUACGAUAGGGCCCCUUGUGGAGCUGCACCACAGGGACUAUUACUAUAGGGCCCCCUUGUGGAGCUGCACCACAGGGACUAUUACUAUAGGGCCCCCUUGUGGAGCUGCACCACAGGGACUAUUACUAUAGGGCCCCCUUGUGGAGCUGCACCACAGGGACUAUUACUAUAGGGCCCCCUUGUGGAGCUGCACCACAGGGACUAUUACUAUAGGGCCCUCUUGUGGAGCUGCACCACAUGGACUAUUACUAUAGGGCCCCCUUGUGGAGCUGCACCACAGGGACUAUUACUAUAGGGCCCCCUUGUGGAGCUGCGCCACAGGGACUAUUCUAAAGGGUCUUAGGGCCCCCUGGCAGAGGUGUGUGAUACUUGGGGCGGCAGGUAGCUUAGUGGUUAAGAGCGUUGUGCCAGUAACCGAAAGGUCGCUUGUUCUAAUCCCCAAGCCGACUAGGUGAAAAAUCUGUCGAUGUGUCCUUGAGCAAGGCACUUAACCCUAAUUGCUCCUGUAAGUCGCUCUGGAUAAGAGCGUCUGCUAAAUGACUAAAAUGUAAAUGUUGAACCUUUCUUCUCCCUCCAGCUCUGGAGCUCCUGAAGUCAGCUAUUGAGAAGGCUGGAUACCCAGACAAGAUCAUCAUCGGCAUGGACGUGGCUGCCUCUGAGUUCUACAAGGCAGGAAAGUACGACCUGGACUUCAAGUCACCUGACGACCCUGCCAGAUACAUCACUGGCGAUCAGCUGGGAGAUCUGUACAAGAGCUUCAUCAAGGGAUAUCCCGGUACGUAGAGAAACACAGGGACACACACACACACACACACACACACACACACACACACACACACACCACACACACACACACACACACACACCACACACACACACACACACCCACACACACACACACCCACACACACACCACACACACACACACACACACACACCCACACACCCACACACCCACACACACACACACCCACACACACACACACACACACACACACACACCCACACACACCCACACACACACACACACACCACACACACACCCACACACCCACACACACACACACACACACACACACACACCCUUCCUCGCUAACACCUUCUCUCUCCUCUUCCAGUUCAGUCCAUUGAGGAUCCCUUCGAUCAGGAUGAUUGGGCGGCGUGGUCAAAGUUCACCGCCGAGGUUGACAUCCAGGUGGGCCCAGUCAUUGUUUGUUUAUCUCCAACUCUUGCUAUAUCUAUAGGUGGUAUAUAUAGGUGGUAUCUAUAGGUGGUAUCUAUAGGUGGUAUCUAUAGGUGGUAUAUAUAGGUGGUAUAUAUAGGUGGUAUCUAUAGGUGGUAUAUAUAGGUGGUAUAUAUAGGUGGUGUAUAUAGGUGGUAUCUAUAGGUGGUAUCUAUAGGUGGUAUCUAUAGGUGGUAUCUAUACGUGGUAUCUAUAGUUGGUAUCUAUGGGUGGUAUAUAUAGGUGGUUAUAUUUAUCUGCCUGCCCACAUCCAUACCCUCCACCUUGUGAGCAAAACAUUUUAGCAGCACCCCUCGUGACAGCGAAGACAAAAAAAUAAUUGUUUUAAAUUUAAUUUCCUGGCAAUCUACUCAUUUUGCCAUGGGGCGGAGAGAAGAUUUUGCCAUUUUUUAACUAAUUUCAUGCAAUUGCAGUUGUGUCAAGUUGGCUGGAUGUCCUUUGGAUGGUGGACCAUUCUUGAUACACAAGGGAAACUGUUGAGCGUGAAAAACCCAGCAGCGUUGUAGUUCUUGACUCAAACCGGUGCGCCUGGCAUCUACUACCAUACCCCGUUCAAAGGCACUUAAAUAUUUUACCUUGCCCAUUCACCCUCUGAAUGGCACACAUACACAAGUCCAUGUCUCAAUUAACCUGUCUCCUCCCCUACAUCUACACUGAAGUGGAUUCAACAAGUGACAUCAAUAAGGGAUCAUAGCUUUCACCUGGAUUCACCUGGUCAGUCUAUAUCAUGGAAGAGCAGGUGUUCCUAAUGAUUUGUACACUCAGUGUAAACUUUCACCCUAUAUAAUCUGUAUGUUAUUCUAUAGGUGGUGGGUGAUGAUCUGACCGUGACCAACCCCAAGCGUAUCCAGCAGGCUGUAGAGAAGAAGGCCUGUAACUGCCUGCUCCUCAAGGUCAACCAGAUCGGCUCCGUCACAGAGUCCAUCAAGGCGUAAGUAUAGGGCCCCUGCACCACAGGGACUAGGCUAGAGGGUCUCCUGUUGGAGCUGCACCACAGGGACUAUACUCAUUUGUUGCAGUAUCAUCUACAUGUUUAAAAUACUAUAGGGCCCCCUGGUGGAGCUGCAUCAUAGGGAUUAAAUUAUAGGACCCCCCCUGGUGGAGCUGCACCACAGGGACUAUAUUACAGGGCCCCCUGGUGGAGCUGGACUAUAUUACAGGGCCCCCUGGUGGAGCUGGACUAUAUUACAGGGCCCCCUGGUCAAGCUGCACCACAGGGACUAUAUUACAGGGCCCCCUGGUGGAGCUGGACUAUAUUACAGGGCCCCCUGGUGGAGCUGCACCACAGGGACUAUAUUACAGGGGCCCCUGGUGGAGCUGGACUAUAUUACAGGGCCCCCUGGUGGAGCUGCACCACAGGGACUAUAUUACAGGGCCAAACUGACCAUCCCUUAUGUGUUUUUUUUGGGUCAUUUAACAGACGCUCUUAUCCAGAGCGACUUACAGGAGCAAUUAGGGUUAAGUGCCUUGCUCAAGGGCACAUCGACAGAUUUUCCCCUAGUCGGCUCGGGGAUUAGAACCAGCGACCUUUCGGUUACUGGCACAACGCUCUUACCCACUAAGCUACCUGCCGCCCUAUGUGUAACAGGUGUAGUAGCGACUAGGCUUCUCAUGAUAUAGUAUUAGUUCUUAGUUUUUUGCGUUGAGAUUUCUUUCCGUUAUGAAAAGUGCUUUAGAAGAUUAAUUCAUUAUUUUGUAUUAUUAUUACAGGUGUAAGCUGGCCCAGUCUAACGGAUGGGGUGUGAUGGUGUCUAUACUCUGUGUAUUACAGGUGUAAGCUGGCCCAGUCUAACGGAUGGGGUGUGAUGGUGUCUCAUCGUUCAGGAGAGACAGAGGACACCUUCAUCGCUGACCUGGUGGUCGGACUCUGCACUGGACAGAUCAAGACUGGUGCCCCCUGUAGAUCAGAACGUCUGGCCAAAUACAACCAGCUGAUGAGGUCAGUUACACUGACCCCUACAGGAAUACACCUGCCACUGCACCCUAGUUAAUACUAUAGCCUUAUAAUACAAUGAUCCCUACAGGAAUACACCUGCUACUGCACCCUAGUUAAUACUAUAGCCUUAUAAUACACUGCCCCCUACAGGAAUACACCAUCUACUGCACCCUAGUUAAUACUAUAGCCUUAUAAUACAAUGACCCCUACAGGAAUACACCAUCUACUGCACCCUAGUUAAUACUAUAGCCUUAUAAUACAAUGACCCCUACAGGAAUACACCAUCUACUGCACCCUAGUUAAUACUAUAGCCUUAUAAUACAAUGACCCCUACAGGAAUACACCAUCUACUGCACCCUAGUUAAUACUAUAGCCUUAUAAUACACUGCCCCCUACAGGAAUACACCAUCUACUGCACCCUAGUUAAUACUAUAGCCUUAUAAUACAAUGACCCCUACAGGAAUACACCAUCUACUGCACCCUAGUUAAUACUAUAGCCUUAUAAUACACUGCCCCCUACAGGAAUACACCAUCUACUGCACCCUAGUUAAUACUAUAGCCUUAUAAUACAAUGAUCCCUACAGGAAUACACCAGCUACUGCACCCUGACUCAGUUAAUAUACUGUAGCCUUAUGUUAGACUGACCCCUACAGGAAUACACCAGCUACUGCACCCUGACUCAGUUAAUAUACUGUAGCCUUAUGUUAGACUGACCCCUACAGGAAUACACCAGCUACUGCACCCUAGUUAAUACUAUAGCCUUAUAAUACACUGACCCCUACAGGAAUACACCAGCUACUGCACCCUGACUCAGUUAAUAAACUGUAGCCUUAUGUUAGACUGACCCCUACAGGAAUACACCUGCUACUGCACCCUGACUGACUUUAUACUGAGUUAAUACUGUAGUGUAGCCAUAUACCAGAUUUAUUCAAUACAAACUGCCGGACCACGUUUUAUAUUGCAAAGACGAAGGAUCCUGACCUCUGACCCCUGACUUCUAUGUCCUCCAGGAUUGAAGAGGAGCUUGGAGACAAGGCCAAGUUCGCCGGCAAGGAUUACCGUCACCCCAAGAUCAACUAAACCCUCCAUCCUCCUCCAUCUCAUCCCUCCAUCACGGCUGACUGUCUCCCCUCCUCUUGGGGUCAGGGGGCAGAAGAAGACGAAAUUCCACUUUUUAUGUUUUCUAUCUUCAACCCUUUCAUCCCUCCCUCCCGAAACCUCCCCCGUUAUGAGCGUCUAUUUUGACGUAACGUGUGAAAUAAAACAAAACCAAAUUGAAA